ACAGAGAGCAGCCUGGGACGGAGGGGUUAGACGGCAAAUCCAACGACUGGAAUAUUCAAACUUCCUACAUCCAUUGCUUGGCUGCCCCCAUUGUCCUUAACCAACUCUCUUCUGUGAUCUUGUUGUCUCAACAGUAUGCAAUACUUCAGAACAACCUCAAUUCCAGCCUUCAAAACCCACUGAUCUCUCUUUCUCUCUGUAGAGAAAGAGCAGUACCCAAUCUAAAUUCAUUCUCGCCAUGUCCUUGAAACCCUUCAACACCUAUACUAUCGCCCUCAUGAUGUUCUUUACAUUCUUGAUCCUUUUCUUUUCUGGUUUCCUUGAGUUCCCAUCUGUAACAACCUCAAUUCCCUCAUCCUUCGAUCACAGAUUGCCCACCACAUCCUCCAAAACAGACCCUUUUGUUAAUUUGUUCAGUGCUUACAAAAAAUGGGACUCUCAAGUGGGUUGUAAUCAGUUUAGGGUGAAGUAUAGAGAUUUGAUUCGUGGGGGUUAUUCUGGGUCUAAUAGGUCUGAUUCUUUGCAAGAGGUUGGUGGUGAUUCUGAGUGUAAUGACUUGAAUGUGAGGCAUGUUAGUGUAUUGGUUAAAGGGUGGACUUGGAUUCCUGAUAAUUUGGAUAAUUUGUAUUCGUGCCGAUGCGGGUUGAGCUGUUUGUGGACCAAAUCCUCUGUUCUCGCAGAUAAACCAGAUGCUUUGUUGUUCGAAACAACCACACCUCCAUCUCGGAGGCGCAAUGGGGAUCCCCUUCGUGUCUAUAUGGAUCUUGAGGCUGGCAGGAAAAGGUCAGGUCUCGAGGACAUAUUUAUUAGUUAUCAUGCGGAGGAUGAUGUUCAGUCAACUUAUGCCGGUGCACUCUUUCAUAAUGGUCGAAACUAUCAUGUGUCUCCUCAUAAGAACAAUGACACACUUGUUUAUUGGUCUUCAUCGCGUUGUCUUGCUCAAAGAAACCAGUUGGCCAGAAGUUUCCUUAGCUUAGUUCCACAUCAUUCAUUUGGGAAGUGCUUGAACAAUGUUGGUGGACAAGAUAGGGCGCUCUCUCUUUAUCCUGAGUGUGCGAACGAUGCCAGCGUUAAGCCAAAAUGGUGGGAUCAUCUACAUUGUGCAAUGUCUCACUACAAAUUUGUGCUUGCAAUCGAAAACACUAUGACAGAUAGCUACGUGACUGAGAAACUAUUUUACGCCCUGGACUCUGGUGCAGUUCCCAUAUAUUUCGGAGCGCCAAAUGUGCGUGAUUUCGUUCCUCCACAUUCAAUAAUCAAUGGGAACGAAUUCAGCUCCUUACAAGAACUGGCUUCUUAUGUGAAGGCCCUUGCUAAUGAUCCUGUAGCCUAUGCAGAGUACCAUGCAUGGAGAAGAUGUGGGGUGUUGGGCAACUAUGGCAAGACUCGUGCCGUGAGCCUUGACACAUUGCCUUGCCGAUUGUGUGAGGCUGUUGGUAGAAAAGGAGGUAGAAAUGCAAGAGCCUAGUGAGUUUUGCUUGAUAUAUAGUUAAUCUUGCUGGCUACAUGAUGAUUCAAGCUUUUGCUAAUUGGAAUGGGCUUACUGCUAGGUUUUAUACAGUUAAGAAUGGCAUAUUGUAUAAAGUGAAGGAUUCUAAUGGUGUGCAAUUGAGCAAUUCAAAUAGAAGUAAGAAUCCCAUCAUAAGCCCACAUUAUUGUUGAUUUAUUUUCUAAUUUAGGGAAAAAAGGAAGAGCAGGAUGUUUGGUUGGUUUCUAUCAUUUGAAAGAUCAGAGUUGAUAUCUUUGACUCCAUCAAUUCCAUCCAUUUUAUUA